ACUCGUUUUUUCAACUUUUUUUUUUCUUACAAAAAUUUCCACUUUCUUGCAUGUGGACUUCAUAGUCUCCACUUCACCUUCCCCUUCCCUUCCUUUUCUUCUACCCCCACCCCCCCUAAACCCCCCACCCCACCCCAAAAUCACAAAAGAAGGGAACCCCUUUUGAUUCUUGAGUAGUAGUCCACAUAAGUUCUUCUCAGAUAAUCGCCAGAAGUAAGUUGCUGGUGGAUUUGAGUUUGAGAUCAUUCUUGAAUAUCCCCUUUGAUACUCGAGAUGGUUGCUGAAUCUUGGUUUCGUAAUUUCUGGAAAAAUUCGAAAAAACAUGAGGGUGGUGGUCAUCAAAAGGUGCUAGUUGGUGUUCUAGCAUUUGAAGUUGCAAGUUUGAUGUCUAAGCUGGUUCAUGUAUGGCAGUCUCUAAGUGAUAAACAAGUGGCUAGAUUGAGGGAUGAGAUAAUGAACUCGGUCGGUAUAAAGAAGCUUAUUUCAGAUGAUGAUUCGUAUAUUGCAAGAUUGAUAUGUACUGAGUUGGUUGAGAACUUGGGACAUGUAGCAAUUGCUGUUUCUAGGCUUGCAAAGAAAUGUAAUGAUCCGUUCUUGAAGAGUUUUGAGCAAGCCUUCAAUGAUUUGCUAAAAGAUGGUGCUGAUCCAUACGGGUGGCAACUAUCAUGGAGGAAGAUGGACAAAAAAAUCAAGAAGAUGGAACGGUUUAUUGUGAUUAACGCGAAUUUGUAUCAAGAAAUGGAGAAUCUUUCUGAUCUUGAACAGACAUUGAGGAGAUUGAAGGGAAAUGAUGAUGCAGAUAGCAUUACUUUGGUUGAAUACGAGAAGAAGCUUGCGUGGAAGAAGCAGGAGGUGAAGCACCUUAAGGAUGUCUCUAUUUGGAAUAGAACUUAUGAUUAUAUUGUCCGUCUUUUGGCGAGAUCCUUGUUUUCUAUAUUUAGUAGGAUAGGGCAUGUGUUUGGAGUUGAUCCGGUCGUGGAUGAGAGGGCUAAAGCAUCCAGAGAUCUAGAUUCUGAUCAAAUCCAUCGGAGCCAGUCAGUUGCUUAUGCUCAGUCAUCUGUUCACCCAUCUGAAAGUAGUCUGUCUAGAUUUUCCUCGGAACCAGUAGAAAGCAUCCUUGCCAAAUCUGGACCAAUUUCGAGCACAAGGAACAUUCACAAUUCUUAUUCCGGUCCCUUGAAAAGUUCAACAUCAACAGCAAGCCCGAUUCCUGGAAGGCAUUCUUCUGCUGGUUUCUAUUCGGGUCCUCUGGGGAGGUCGACAACAAAGUCUGGCCCUCUCCCUCUAUUUAAUAAAUCCGGCAUGAAGUGGUGGAAAUCCCGUGAUCGUUCAGGUAACCUAAAUGGAAAAGGCUCAAAUUCGAAACAUGCUCGACCGACCUCUGGACCGCUUAAAGGCUGCAUGAUGGUUGGGAAUGGUUCUCCUCUAAGUAAUUGCCAUCUAGAUCCACAUGGAUUUCAUUCCGGUUUUCUCAAUGCAAUGAAAGGAGCUGGUGUAGAUGGACUUGCUGAUGGCUAUUCAACUUGCUCUUAUCUAACAAGUUAUAAUGCGAAAAAAAGGCUGCUAAACGCUCCUCCAGAAACUCUCGGGGCUGCUGCCUUAGCACUGCAUUAUGCAAAUGUCAUUAUCGUGACUGAGAAACUAGUGGCAUCUCCUCACUUGAUCGGACAUGAUGCAAGAGAAGACCUGUACAACAUGCUACCGGCUAGUUUAAGAGCAGCCCUCAGGGCGAAAUUAAAGCCAUUUGCUAAGAGCUUGACGUCAUCCGUUUAUGACACAGUUCUUGCUGGAGAAUGGAAUGAAGCAAUGCUGGGGAUACUAGAAUGGCUUGCUCCUCUUGCUCAUAACAUGAUAAGAUGGCAAUCUGAGCGGAGUUUCGAGCAUCAGAACUUCGUUUCUAGAACAAAUGUUCUGCUUGUCCAAACCCUUUAUUAUGCAAAUCAAGAAAAGACAGAAUCAGCAAUCACAGAGCUGCUCAUCGGGUUGAACUACAUAUGGAGGUAUGGCAGGGAAGUAAAUGCAAAAGCAAUAGAGGAAUGUGCUAGUGCUAGAAUGAUGUUUAAUGAUGAUUACUUGGAUGACUGACAAACAUUUUGAUCUUUAGCCAGUGAUUUUGGGCUUGAAUGUUUUUAAGUUAAGGAACUGUUCCACGACAAAAUGCCUCUCUUCUGAAGCAAAGCACGAGUCUUCUCUGCCAUGCUUUUCAACUGUUGCUGAUUCAAGCUACUCAGAUUCCAUGAGAUUCUUUAUUCGUUAAGAGGGUGACGAAUACUGCAGGAAUGUAACACACUUAAAGCUUCUAAACAUUCGUUCAGGUCAGUAAGCCAUGACCAUUUUCCUAUUUUGCCAGCAGAACAUGGGGUCUCAUUUGAUGAAUCGUAGUCCACGCUAUAAAUUCUAUAUCUUGUUAUUUUAUUAAAUGUAUAGAAUUAGCUGAGCUUGUUUUUUCUAGAUUUGUAAAUUUACAUAACAAAGGCUUUCUUUUAGCAUAUAAGAUAAUGCAAGGUUUGG